AUGAGCGGUACGUCUGUUUUCGAGGAAUUCUUAAUUGCAAAGUGUCUUGCAGACGUUUCAUUGACCUACAACAUCCUACUACUCGGCGUCUACCUGGCUACGGCUAUAUGUAAAUGUUCUUCAUCGUACUUGCACGGGAAAUUCGAAAAAAAUUUGCGGUGUUUUCCGCUUGUGAUUCCUAAACUACAAUCAGUAAAUUUAGGCCAGAAUUUGAAAGUCUAUUCCAAUUUUUGAGUAAGUCAGGUCAUACACUUCGUUCAAAACGAUGCAUCUCAGCUGUCUCUGCAGAAAAACUGAUAAAAUGUACAUAAUUCAACAACUUUUCAGCUGACAACGCUGAGAUCUAUUGUAUUGAAAAAACAGUAUUGGAUGGCAUAGUAAUACAGGCUUUUCGCUAGGUUAGUUAGUUAGAUCAAUUUUAAAUAAAGUUUGGGCAGCCUCUUCAAGUUAUGUCAUUCAUUUUGAAAAGCUUUGAAUCCACAAUAAUUAUCGAUUAUUUUUCAGUCACCGCCCAAAUGUGCGGAAAGAAGAAGCCGGUGGCGAGGACCCGUCCGUACUCGACGCCGUACUCUUCCUUCUCGACACCCACCACGACCGCUAACACCGCUGUGAACACUCGACUGGACACGGCAGUCCUUCCCAGCAACACCACUACCACAACUACUUCGGGAGCCGGAAAAUCGACGAAAAAGACCGAGGACAAGGAUCCGGAAUCGGUGAAGCUGUACAAUAAAAAGGCGAAGAAGGAGGAGGAAAAGGAGAAGAAGAAAGAGGAGGAGAAGGAAAAGGAAAUGGAAAAGGAAAAAGAAAAGGAAAAGAAGCAGCCGGAGGAGAAGGAAAAGGAGAAGAAGGAGGAGGAGAAGGAGAAAGAAGUGUCGCCGCCGCCGAAAAAGCAUUCGAGGACGCCGCUCGUGCCACGAGUGGUCCCGUUGACCGAGAAGGAGCAGCGGAUUGCGAAGGGAAUGACGACGGAUCGGAAGAACUAUCAGACGAUGGAUGAUGUGGACAGCGACUGGGACUCGUUCAAGAACAACUACAAUAAGAAGGUAAGGGUUUCCGGUUUCCGCAUUCCGCAUCUAACUUUUCGAUUUUCAGAAGAAAAAAGCGAAGACUUUGUCGAAGGAGGAGAAGGAGAAGGAUGAGUCGGAAGAAAAAGAGCCGGAAAAUGAGAAGGAGAAGGAGGAAAAGAGUCCCGGAGCGAUGAAGACGUCGGAGAGAGCGGCGAAAUGA